CGCCCGGAGCUCUUUCACGGCCGCAAUUGUUCCCAGCCGCGCUUUGUUGCCCUCGAGGUCGGCGCGCAUUUCCUCCCACCACACGAGUCGCCUAGUACCGCGCGGAGCCCAUGUUCACGACCCGCGGCGCGUAACCUCGUCCUCCGCUUCCUCGACCACGCCGACGUGCUCGCGGAGCUCCCCCACCGCACCCCAUGGCUCUGAACAUGCCGCCCGCGACGCCCCAGCGACAAGGCCCCGGCACCUUCCCCCAGACCCCCGCGAGGCCGCCGCCCUUCGCGCUGGGCGCCGUGCAGCAGCAACAGCCGUCUGCGCCCGUCCCUUCGCAGAUACAGCUGGCUGCCAGGGCCAUCAACCGCAUGCUCGACAAUGACAACCGGUAUCCGCCGCUUGAGGCAUACUCAAAACCGGGCGUCUCCGGUGAAUACGAGCUGCCCACAAGCCAGGCAUGGGCGCCCUUCCAGAAAUUGCGCUCGUACGAGCACCCCGAGGGCAUGUACGACCAGGUCAACGAGAUGCAGAUGAGCGUGGACAUGGGGCUUUUCGCCGAGAUCAACCACGCCUACGUCGCCGUCGACAACCAGCUAUACCUGUGGGACUACACGGCGCGCAACCCAGAGCUAAUCGGCUUCGAAGAGCUGAAAGACAACAUCACAUGCGUGAAGCUGGUAAAGCCGCGCGCCAAAGUAUUUGUCGACACUAUUUCGUGGCUGUUGGUGAUUGCGACAACUGCGGAAAUCCACCUCAUCGCGGUCGAAUGCCAGUCAGGGCCCGAAGGCGUAUACGGCGUGAACCUCUACCGCACCAACAUGUCGGUAUCGGUGCGGGGGAUCAAUGUCACUGCUAUUGCGAGCUCGGCCAAGACAGGGCGCAUCUUCUUUGGCGAGGGCGCAACCGAAGACGUCUGGGAACUGAACUACCAGCAAGAGGAGAAGUGGUUCUCGAACCGCUGCAGCAAGAAGAACCACGUCACUUCGUCGGUUGCCAUCCCGCUUCCGAGCAUAUCCUUUGGGAAGCGUGCUGCGCCCGUUGGCCUACAGCAGAUGAUCGUUGAUGACAGCCGGAACCUGCUCUACACGCUCUCAACGAACAGCACUAUCAAAGUCUUCCACAUGCGCACGGCGACAACCCUCGAAAACGUGAUCAAGCGCGACCUCGCCACGAUACGGGGUCAGGUCAGCCACUUGAUCCGUCAAGUACCAGCUCUGGAGAACCUCAGAAUUGUCGGCGUGGAUCCAAUAGCUGCUCCUGAAGCUGAUUCCGUGUCACUCAUGCUCACGUCCUCUACGGGAGUUCGGUUGUACAUGAGUGCUACCUCUGGCGGCUGGGACUCUGGAAGCGCACCCAGCAAUAUGGCAGUCAUGCAUGUUCGCUUCCCUCCGGUGUCUCCAGAUGCGCAGACGGCCCCUCCCCCGAGCUCUUCCACUCAGAUGCAACCGUAUCAAGGUGGCACUCCGAUUGGUUUCGAUUCGAGGACCCUUACACAGACUGUGGCUACUUUCCGAUAUGCGCCCGGGACGUUCCUCUGCGCCAUCGAAAAGAACCCGACCAACCCUAAUCAUGAGCUCUUCAUAUCCUCUUCCCACACUGGACAACUGCUUAGUGAACGCGAUGCUCGCUUCACAGAGUCCGGCCAGACCAUUACGCUUCGGGGUAAAUUGCAGGACGCUGGCCUGGUCACGCCUCCAUUUUCUGCUGGUAACUUUGGCAGUGAAUAUGCUGUGCAGUUUGACGCCCCUGCUGCUGAGUUCGCCGUCAUGACUCAUUAUGGGGUGGAGACUGUGCGCCGACGGAGGCUGGUGGAUACAUUCGCGGCCAUUAUCCGGUACGGAGGAGGCACAGAGGGUGUCGAGGCAGACGUGCGCCGGUUCGCGAGACAUUAUGGCCUUACAGAGACGGCAUCUACAGCUUUGGCCGUGGCAUGUGGACAAGGCACGGAUGUUGGCACAGACUCGAGAGUUACUCCUAUUACUGACCCCGAAGUUACCGAAGUCGCACGGAAAGCUUUCAUCGAAUAUGGCGGAAAGCCUCAGAUCACCGAAUCCGCCGCCGUGGAAGGACUCAGCGUGGAUAACGUGCAGCCUUCACCCCGCCACGAUGGUAUUGCACUCUACGUUGCUCGACUGGUCCGCUCAAUAUGGGAUACACCCAUCAUCAGAGAAACUGUGACACCUACCGGCCCAGUGCUGGCUCCCAACCACAAGCUCGCUAAGCUCCAGGACAUACAACGCUCCCUUAUCCGGUUACAGCAAUUCCUUGACGACAACAAAACCUUUAUAGAUGGACUUGCGGGCCCAGAAGCUCUGGGGCGGGUCAGCUCUCGAAGGGAAGAGGUGGAACUGCAGGGAGAGAACCGCGCUUUGACAAACCUCCUGCAAAUGAUCAACAACAUCGUGGAAGGCAUUGCUUUUAGCUUGGUUCUCUUCGAAGAGCGAUUAGAGGAGAUUUUGCUUCUGUUGGCCCCCGAUGUGCGCCUGGAGGUGCGGAAGCUCACAUUCCAUGCGCUUUUUGCGUCCAGCGAGGGCAAAGAGCUGGCAAAAGAGCUUGUCAAGGCGAUCGUAAAUCACAACAUCGUGAAGGGAUCGAACGUAGAGACCGUUGCGGAAGCUUUGCGGAGAAAGUGCGGUAGCUUCUGCAGCUCCGAUGAUGUGGUCAUCUUCAAGGCGUCUGAGAACUUGAAGAAGGCGGCCGACUUGGGGGCGAAUGCUGAGCGUGGGCGCGUCCAAUUGAAUGACAGUCUGCGGUUGUUCGAGCAAGUCGCGAAGAGUCUAACUAUGGAGCACUUGACCGCUGCAGUGGACAAGUACAUUGAAUUGGAGUUCUAUGCAGGCGCCAUUCGUCUUUCACUCAAGGUCGCCGACGAGCGCGAUCGCGGCAACCGGGCUCUUUCCUGGAUUAAGGAUGGCCAACCCAGCGGUGACGCGCGACAGGCUCCGUACAUACAGCGUACUAACUGCUAUAAGCUAGUCUUCAAGGUCAUAGAAGCAGUAGAUCAGGCUUAUGCUGCCCAGGGUAACGUUCAGCAAGACGGUGUAAUUUCACAAAUAGGCCGCAGAAGGCAAGAGGCCUACGAGCAAAUCAACAACUCGGACGACGAAGUCUUCCAGAACUUCCUCUACGACUGGUACAUGGAGAAGGGCUGGGCAGAGCGCCUUUUGGAGAUCAGCAGCCCUUUUGUGGUGGACUACCUCAAACGGAGCUCCGAGACCAACCCUGCCCACGCAGAUCUCCUGUGGAAGUACUACGCCCAUUACAACGACUACCUCGGUGCUGCAGAGGUGCAAUUCCAGCUCGCUAAGAGCCCCACAUUCAAGUUGACGCUUGAGCAACGCAUAGAGUACCUCUCGCGGGCAAAGGCAAAUGCAUCGACUCGCAUAGCUGGAUUCUCGGACAGUGGAAACCGGAAUAGGCAGUCACGGCAAGAACUGCUACGAAACAUUAGUGAUCAUCUCGACGUCGGGAACAUCCAGGACGACCUUCUUCAGAAGAUCAAGGGAGACAAGCGGCUUCAAGGCACGCGGCGAGAGGAAGUGCUCGCAGACCUUGACAGUGCCGUGAAGCCUGUAAACGACCUCUUCAACGACUACGCGGACCAAGCAGGCUACUACAACAUCAGCCUCCUCCUCUUCCACCAAGCCGACUUCCGCGACCUCUCCACCAUCCGCAACACCUGGCAGCUCUUCAUCGAGCAGACGCACAACGAAGCCCUUGCCGACGGCAAAGCCUCCCCCUGGGAAUCCGUCGCCAUCGAAACCGAAACCCUCGGCCGUCGCGUUGGCACAAACCAAAACAUCUUCCCCGUCUCUGACGUCUUCCAGCUGCUUCUCCACUACGACGUCGAGAAAUACCGCACCACCUCGACGGGCGCCCUCGACCCCGACACCGCGAACCCCGUCGCCUGGCCUAUCGAGGUGUUCGCGAAGCUGCACGCCCCGUUCGAGAAUCUGGUGAGCGUGCUGGAGGCGAUGUGGUAUGCGCGCGAGCAGCCGUUCAACAGUCGAAAUGGGAGGAAGUUGCUAGCCAAGUGGCUUGUCUGUGUUGUGGAGAAGUGGUGGGAGGAGAGCAAGCGGUCUGGUGAGCCGUUUGGGAGCGCGGAGAACGCGCUCGGCUUGUCAGAUUUGCUACGGGUAGUUGUAGAGAGUGGGGAUUUUACGGGGCAAGUUGGGGCUCCGGGCGAGGAUGCGGAAUGGGCGGACCGCCUGAGGGUUAUCCGCGUGCGGGCAGACGAGAUUGUGCGGUGAAGAGGAGGCGGGAGAGGAUAUUGGUAAUCUUGUAAUAUGACAUUGGUAUUGCUUUGCGGUGUGAGGGAGCGAAAGGAGGAAGGAGAAGAAAGUAAGAAGAGUAGGGUUUCCAGCGCAUGGCGUUUGGAUGGAUGGGAUGACUUGGCGUUUGGGAGGGCGUGUGCAUCUGAUGUACAUUUAGCUAGGGAUUGUACGUUCCGGGGAAGGGAGAGAUGGGGCAUAGCGUCGUUAGAUAGCGCAUGAGGAUGAGUGGU